ACUUGUGCAACAUGUGGAAUGAACGAAAUUGUCAUAGUCGAAGAUGGCUAGUCACGGACACAAAGCAGGUGAACAUGGUAGGCAGGGGAAAGAGGCAUCCAGAGCCUAUGCGGCCACAGCAGCAGCAGUUACCAAUCCCGCACAAUGGCGCAACAUCGGCGUUACAACAGCAUAUACACGCUAAACACAAGUGCCGGCGACUUUGCAACGCCCUUACACAGCAGGAAAAACCUCGCCAAUAUCAACCAGCGCUUAACCAAACAUCAUACGCCACAUAUACGACGGUGGCUGAAACAGCGCCCCACAGACCGCAGUGUCUGCAUACGCGGCGCCACUGGAGUGCUUCUGUAAAGGAAACAACUCCAACGCUCUGUUCGUCACUAAAGUCCUCACUAGCGCACGUAAAGCGCACACGAGUCAACGCUUGCCUUAACCAAAUAAUAGAAGUAUUACUAGCCUUACUAUUAGCCAAUUGUCUUAUGCAGCUUUUGGUGCAACUGCCCACAGCCCGAGCUGCAUACGGUACGCCCUCCACUGGCGCCGACACUCUUGUCGAUGCGUAUAAUUUCUAUACGAGCAGAAAACUGGGCGAACGCGACACCAGUGAUAGCACCGAGAAUGAUUUUGCCGAAGCAUACAAUAGCUAUCGUCGUCAACCGCACAGUAUAGGUGGCAGCGCGGCGUAUGCCUUCAAUGCAUUACAAUUGCCAUCGGCUACUUCGCUGGCGACGGCGGCAGGCUACAGCAUACCAGAUGGCGAUGGAGUGCUGUCGGUGAAUCAAUUGCAACGCAGUCAAAAUUAUAAAAUCAGUCAGAAGCCCUGCUCAAUUGGACGCAUCGAAGGCACCUGCAUGUUCGUGUGGGAGUGCAUUAAGUCCGAGGGUCGGCAUGUCGGCAUGUGCGUCGACUCGUUUAUGUUCGGUUCGUGUUGUGCGCACAACUACACCGAGAAUAUUGUAAUGCCACAAACCUUCUCGUACACACGUCCAACAAAACCGCUAGGCAUUGGCGGUGUGAAUCAUCGACCUCGACCGCCGCAUCAACCGCACAAGCCGAGCAUAAGCGGCAUGACUACUAUAGAACGACCACAUGGCGCUGGUACGCUGGUCAUACGUCCAUCGGGACCACAUCAUCAGGGCGCACUGUAUAGACCGCAAUACACAAAACCCACCUCGCUGGGGCCCACAACAUCGUUUUCAACGACUAUGAAAACAACAACAACCAGCUCAACGGAGGGCUCUAACGCGCUGUGGACAUCAAAUGCCAUACUGCAGGAUAUGCAGUCGGCUGCUGCCACAGUAACUUCGACAAAUCUCUGGAAUACAUCACCACAACUGGCAGCCGUAACGCAGCACCACCACUGGCACAUGACGACUGAACCGAAUUUUAUUACCAAACCACGGCCGCCCAGCUGGGAGAAACCGACCGGUAUGCGUCCCUCAAAGCCAUCAAAGCCAACAAAGAAGCCCAUCUUGCCACAUCCACAAUCGCCCAGCUUCCAACAGCAGCAGUACACAACGGCUGGUAUUGUUUACACAACGCGAAAGCCAAUGCCGCCGACGUCUACGCAACCAGGAACAGUGAAACCAUCAACAUUGCCUUCAACAUCAACAGCAGCCACCACCAAAAGGCCGACAACGCCGAUAUCUGCGUUGUCGUUGACGCGUCCACAGCCACCGUUCGUCUCCUCCGUUUCGUCAUCUUCUGCACCCAUGUCCACCACCUCAACGACUUCAUCAUUAUCAUCUUCGUUCGGCAGCAACUUGCCUCAGUACCAACAACAACAACAACAACAGCAACAACAGCACCAGCACCACCAGCAACAAUAUCGGCCGCCACCUAUUUAUAUGAAGCCACCAACAAAAGUGCCUACAACAUCACUAGCGACGACUACCGCCGGCACUGGCAGCAGCACUACAUCAACUACAGCGGGCGCAACAUCAACGACGACACGACCACCAGCCAGUACUACGGUAAAAACGACAACGCGUCCUUACACGCGUCCAACCACGCCCAGCUGGGUCAUUAGCGAAAGUGGUGUGCCCGGCAGCAGUAGCAGCAGCAGCAGCAGCAGCAGCAGCAGUCAGUCUACAAAGAAUCCAACAACCACAAGCAUAAUGACGACAACAACGCAAAAAUAUAGACCUACAACAACAUCGACUUCUUCCUCAUCAUCAUCAACAACUGAACAUACUACUUCCUCUAUGUUUCCCAUACGGCCGACGCAUCACCCUAUCUGGUCCACCACAGCACCCACGCGGCAUCCACCGUCGACCACUCCAUCAUCAUCACCAUUGCCGUCAUCGUCAUCGUCGUCGUCGUCGUCGUCGUCACCAUCAACGUCUGUCACUGCCUCACAUUACGUGCCCACUUAUGGCCAUUAUCCGCAUCCUCAACCGUCUGCACAGCCUCAGCCCCAGCACCAACAGCAACAGCAACAGCAACAUCACACAUUGUCGCCACACAAUCUUACAACGACGAUCGAAUCAAAUGAGAUCUCCGAUAGUUUGACGAAUAAUAGCACAGCCAUUAAAAUCAUCACGGCCGCGCGUAGCGAAUGUGGCAUUCCGGUCUUAGCGCGUCCAGAGACACGCAUUGUGGGUGGUAAGAGUGCGGCUUUCGGCCGGUGGCCCUGGCAAGUGUCUGUACGUCGCACAACGUUUUUCGGUUUCUCCAGUACGCAUCGGUGUGGUGGUGCGCUGAUCAAUGAGAAUUGGAUUGCUACGGCGGGACAUUGUGUCGAUGAUCUACUUAUCUCUCAAAUGCGCAUACGUGUCGGUGAAUAUGAUUUCUCACACGUGCAGGAGCAGCUGCCGUACAUUGAGCGCGGCGUGGCCAAGAAAGUCGUACAUCCCAAAUAUAAUUUCUUCACCUACGAAUAUGACCUGGCAUUGGUGAAAUUGGAACAACCAGUAGAGUUUGCGCCGCAUGUGAGUCCCAUUUGUCUGCCACAAACGGAUAGUUUGUUGAUUGGCAUGAAUGCCACAGUGACCGGUUGGGGGCGACUAAGUGAGGGCGGCACACUGGCAUCCGUGUUGCAAGAGGUGUCUGUGCCGAUUGUCAGUAACGGCAUCUGUGAGUCAAUGUUCGCGCGCGCCGGUCGGCAAGAGUCGAUACCGGAUAUUUUCGUGUGUGCCGGCUAUGAGAAUGGCGGACAUGACUCGUGUCAAGGCGACUCAGGUGGACCCUUGCAGGUUAAAUCCGCUGAGGGACGUUUCUUUUUGGCAGGUAUUAUCUCUUGGGGCAUUGGCUGUGCAGAGGCGAAUUUGCCUGGCGUUUGUACGCGCAUCUCACGUUUUGUGCCCUGGAUUAUGGAGAAUGUGUCGUGAUUGGCGUGAUAGGCAUUAGUAGGCCGGCUUGCAAUCGAUUUGAAAUAGACUGUAA